AUGUUCGUUUUUCUUCUCUUGCUACUAUUGCAUCGCUCUGCUACAGGUAAGAUUUUUAUCAAGCUGGGGGUUAAGAGGGAAGGGGAACGUAAGAUUACUGUAAAGUUCGAAAGGAUCAGUUUGCAAUAUGUUGUGUUCUAUCCGAAUUACUGUAGAUUGACUGGUUACUGUAAGCGAAGUAGACUAAGUUCAAGGGGUUGAUAAUUAAAAGUUUCCAUGACAUUUCGCCACCCGGCCUUUCAAAACUAACCUCUAAAAGUUUACGUUCGUUUCGAAACCUGUGGUUGCGGAAUGUCGCAGAGCCAAUCAAAGUUUACCUGGAUGAAUCUCAGGCCAAUCCAUUCCAGCGCAGCUGACAGUCGGCGGAUGGUUCUUUCCAGUGUCCGUACCUCCUCCAGAUCCAAAAGAGAAUACCGUGUACGAUGAAGACGUCGGCUUUCCGGAAACAGAAUCUGUAAACAUCACACAUCAAGAAAUUCGGGUAAACGUACAGUUGCAGAUGGGAAAAUAAACGUUUGGUAAAUUUUCAGGAUUAUUAUGAGAAGGACAAGUUGGAAAAGUGGAACAACCAAAAGCCUAGUUUGCAACCAGUAUACAAGAAGGCAUUGGACAUGAUGCAUAGAUAUCAUGUAUGUAAUUGAAACUUUUGGAUCAAGAAAAAGGUUCAGCCACUUCAGAACGCCAAUGAUCACAUUUCGACGACUACUUUGGAUCCACUUGAGAUUGCAAAAUCAAAGCGUUUUCUGCCGAAUUCAGGUGAGAAAGCGACACUUUCUCCAUGAAAUUGAGAAGAAAUCAUUUCAGGGAUUCAAAAGUUCAUCCCCACACCUAUGGGCUUUGGAGGUAUGCCGGUUAAUGAAGAACCUGUCAUCACAAUGUCCAUGUCACCUAUCGGAGACUUGAAUCAACCGGAAGAGGUGAGAAUAAGUGUGUUUACCAUCGUGAAAAGUGGAUUUUCGAGAAAUCGCAUAAGUGUUAUUCACCUCUUUUUUUUCAGUUGGGUAUCCUUCUUGUUUUCAGAUAACUGUGGAUAAAACCAACAAAAGUCAACCUAUCGAGAUUGAGCAUGUUGAUGGAGAAUCUGAAGUGAGCUCGACCACCGAGCAGGUCACUUCAACUAGAGUCCCGUUUGUCUAUGGUCAGUUUUAAAGGCAUUCAUUUAUAGGUGAAAAAACAAGGGGUAUGGACCAGGCUAGGUUGUGAUGAACAUUUCUAAGACCCGGACGACCCCCAACCAGAGUUGAGCGGAAGAACUCAACACGGAAGAAUUUUUAUAUUUUUUAGAAAAUUUUUUCAUGGAAUGUGAUCAACUGACGAAAUGUAUAGCAAAGUGAACUCUGCUCAUAAAAAAAUAAUUGUAAAUUUGGCGAUUCAUACAAAAAAGUUAUUCGAGUUGUUCCGUGAAAAAAGGGCGAAGGGAAGACGGAAGGACAUUUUCACGGAACAACUCGAAUAACUUUUUUGUAUGAAAAGCUAAAUUUACAAUUAUUUUUCGAUGAACAGAGCUCACUUUGCUAUAUAUUUUGUCAGUUGAUCACAUUCCAUGAAAAAAUUGUCUAAAAAAGAUAAAAAUUCUUCCGUGUUCUUCCGUUGAGUUCUUUCGCUUAACUCUGCCCCCCAACCCCAUAAUGUUUGCCCUUCUAACUCGUUUUCACAGUUGUCGAACAAAUGUUUUUUUUUGUUCCAGAAAUACCGAAAAUCAAGUCAUAUGACGAUCCAACGAUGGUUGUGGAGAAAGAAAAAGAUAUGAUGAAAUUGAAAAGAGACGUAUUCCGCCUGAGAAAUGAGAUGAACCUUGUGAAAGCGUUGCUGAAUAAGCUAUACAAAAGAACCUAUCGAAAACAGAAGGAUUUCAUUAUGAAGGUACAACUAACGCUACUUUUUUGUAAAACUUUCACAUAUGUUUGCAGAAAAAAGACGAAUCAGCGACCAGAUUAUCAGCGGUCCAAGCUGAUCGCAACGUCAACGACUGGGUUGUUUUGCGUGGAAUGGUUCAUAGAAAAAACCAAUAA